AUCAGAAGUUGGAAUAUGUAUACUAUUUUGAAUUUUGUUUCAGAUUAUUCUUCUGGUUAUGAGUCUGGGUCUGGUUCCUCUGAUGGUGAAUAUAAAGACAUUUCUUCUGCCAAAUCAACAACUUUCGCUACACUUGACAAAAUCUGGAAUGAACAGCAUCAACAAUCAACCAAAGAGAAGAUGAAUUUCCAAAAUACCAUGGAUUUAUCAAGUCAUCUCCGAUAUAUUAUCUCAAUGCCAGAACUAUGUGAUGUUACAUUUCUUAUUGGAAGCCAAAAAGUUCCUGUUUACGGCGUAAAGGCUAUCAUGGGAACACGAAGCAGAGUACUGUACAAUAUAAUUUUGAAGAAGCAAAGGGAAUUAGAAUUUUCCGCCAAAAAUCCCAAAGUGCAGACGAAGAAGAAAUUUAAAACACCUAAGACUAACCACCAUCUGACCAUACCUGUCAGUAAAUAUCUACUAGAGGACUUCCAGAAAAUUGUCGAAUACUUGCAUUGUGGUACUGUUGAUAUAUCUGCAUCAAAUGUGGCAGGUUUAUUGUGUGGAGCUUCUCAGUUUGAGCUUGGUGAUUUAAGAACAGCGUGUUUAGAUUACAUUGAACAUUGUUCAAGAAUUGGCUCGAUCAGUCUGUUAAUUCCAUCUGCCAAACGCUACAGUCAUCACUCGUCUGGGAAAACAUUGAUCUCAGUGAUAAUUGCUGCAUCAAAAAGAACAACCGUUGUUUAAAGCAGCCAUCACAGUUCAGCUACAUGACAGUGCUUACUUGUACAUAUGAUUAAUUUAUUAAGUGAAUAAAUACAUUUUAAAACAUUAACAA